AUGGCGCCAUCUUUUUCAUCAAAGGCCAAGCUCCUAUUGCUGCUCGCCGUGCUGUGCGGCUUGCUCGGGUGCGGCCGAUCUGAAAACUACGACCCAUCGGAAAAUCUGAAGAUUCCGGGGCCGGAGUUCGCGGGGACGGUGAGGUCAGCGAUCGGCAUCAUACGAGACGUGAUGACGAUGGUGACGCAGUUCGCCGGAGCCUUCGGCGAUUUCCGGCUGGGAAACGCCGUGUCGGACUGCCUCGACCUGAUGGACCUGUCGGUGGACCAGCUUAGCUGGACACUCUCUGCUUCUCAAAGUCCCAAUGCCAAAGACAAUGGCACCGGAGAUGUUGGAGCCGACAUGAAGACAUGGCUAAGUGGGGCCCUCAUCAACCAAGACACGUGUCGUGAAGGCUUCGACGGCACCAACGGCAUCGUCCGAGACCUAGUCGCCGGCAGCCUCGACCAAAUCACCUCGCUCGUUUACGACAUUCUUUCCAACGUCAAAACAACUCCGGCCGCCGGCAAAGGCGGCCCCAAGACUGGCGGCGGCGGCAAAGGCGGCCCCAAGACCGGCGGCGGCGGCAAAGGCGGACGGAAACUCCUCGACAGCGAAAAAUUUCCCGGUUGGUUGCGACCCAGCGACCGGAGCCUCCUCCAGGCGGCCAACGGCGCGGUGGCGGACGUGGUGGUUGCCGCCGACGGCACAGGGGACUUCACCACCAUCGAGGAGGCCGUUCGUGGGGCCCCCGAGUAUAGUUCUAAAAGGUACGUCAUAUACGUGAAGAAAGGGGUUUACAAGGAGUAUGUCGAGAUCGGGAAGAAGAAGUGGAAUAUCAUGAUGGUCGGGGACGGGAUGAACGCCACGGUUAUCUCCGGUAACCGGAAUUUUAUCGACGGUUGGACCACUUACCGAUCUGCGACAUUCGCUGUCAAAGGCUUGGGCUUCAUAGCCCGGGACAUCACGUUCGAGAACACGGCGGGGCCCGGAAAGCACCAGGCGGUCGCCUUACGGUCCGACUCCGACUUGUCUGUUUUAUUUCGUUGCGCGAUCAACGGCUAUCAGGACACUCUGUACGCCCACUCCCAACGACAGUUCUACCGGGAGUGCCAGAUCACGGGCACGGUCGACUUUAUAUUCGGUGACGGGACCGUGGUUUUCCAGAAUUGUCAGAUAAGGGCCCGUGCGGGCCUCCCCAACCAGAAGAACGCUAUCACGGCCCAGGGCCGAAAGGAGCCCGUCGAGAACACGGGAUUCUCGAUCCAAUUUUGCAACAUCUCAGCCGAGCCCGACGUGUCGAACUCGACCCAGACGUACCUCGGUCGGCCCUGGAAACAGCACUCGCGCACGGUCGUCAUGCAAUCGUACAUCAGUGGGGCAAUCCGUCCCGAGGGGUGGCUCGAGUGGAACGGGAAUUUUGCGCUAGACACAUUGUUUUACGGGGAGUUCUCGAACUAUGGGCCCGGGUCGGCCUUGGGGGACCGGGUGAAGUGGCCCGGGUAUCAUGUUUUCAAUAGCUCGGCUGAGGCGAGUGGGUUCACCGUGUCCCAAUUCAUCACCGGGAACGAGUGGCUGCCGUCGACGGGUGUUAGGUACACGGCGGGUCUCGGGGUUUGA